UAAAAUGGGCCGAUUAGCAGAGGUAGCUAGUGAACAAUCGACUGAAAAAUGUAAAACUUUUGUAUUUAUGGGUGAAGAUUAUACUCUGGGAAAUUCUUUAGUUGCCGUGAUUUCACAAAAUCCUGAUGUAGAAUUUUGUGCUUGUUCUGUUAAUCAUCCAGCAGAAGGAAAUAUAUAUUUACGAAUACAAACAAAAACAGGAAAAGCGAUAGACAUGCUGAAAAAAGGAUUACAAGAUUUCGAAAAAAUUUGUGAUCACUCUUUAGAAACUUUUAAUAAUGCUUAUGAACAAUUCAAAACUUCUAAAGAUGCAUCUAUAGAUAGUACGUAA